AUGAACAAGUUCUGCGGUAGGUAUCUCAGGGAGAAACGUCAUCACAACUUUAUAAUCUACUCGGAGGAUGUUCAUGAUCGGAAUGAGCAUAACCGGAGACUUAGAAACCCAGCAACAACCGCUGUUCAACAAGCCAUUCACGCCCUAGCUUAGACUAUCUACGGCAAACCUGAUGUUCGGAGGCUCCUGUUUGAGGUUUUUGACUUCGAACAGAUUCAACCUAAAGCUGUCUGA